UGGCACCAGGAAAAAUUGCUUUUAUUUAUUUUUACGAGUGGAUUGAAACAACACAUAUUUCAUAUAGAUCAAGUUAUUAUUUUAUGCUGUGAAUUUCCUACGAGUUUACAGUGACAACUAUGAGCUUUAUUGUUCGCUUGAAUACUUAGAGUGGUUUCUAUUUUGCGAAUGUAGUUUUUUUUCGUUCGUGAUUCGUUUCUUUCCAUUAACAGUGAUAAAUUGAACCAUUAAUAAAAAAAAAACAAAAGCCAAAAUCAAUUGAAAUUAAAUCCAAAGAACAUUUUCUAAUCAAAGAAAAGUGAACGAAAACGAAAUCAUUUAAAACGAUAUAUAUAAAUAUUAUUUUUGUUAAAUUAUAUUUGAACAUUGACGCGACCAAUAAUGUUCUAUUAAGAUAUGUAAAUUGUAGCGAAUAAACAUAGCAACACAAGUAAAACCAUGAUUUUGAUGCUUUUGUGAUCGUUUCUUUUAAAUUACAAAGAACGGUCGCUAUUCCGUGUGUAAUUUAAAUUGAUUAUAUAAUUUAAUAACCGAAAUUAAUAAACAGAAUAAAUAGAUGCAUAAUUCCGUCACCGAAGUAUUAUUACUAUUUAUAAAGAAUAUUAACACAUUGUAUACAUAGAUUAUGGCACAAUUUACAUGGUACCAUCAAAACUCCAAAGAAAAUGAUAACAACAGCAAAUCAAAUAACCUGUACGGUGGCACCGGUCAGCAGUCUACAUCUGUUCCACUUUGUUUGACGAGCGAUGUUCAACUUCGUUUUUUGUGCCCAGAAGAUUUGGAAGAGGUUCGCACCCUCUGUCAAGAUUGGUUUCCAAUCGAUUAUCCAUUUUCAUGGUAUGAAGACAUAACAUCGAGCACUCGGUUCUUUGCACUUGCCGCCGUUUACAAUCUUACCAUUAUUGGACUAAUUGUGGCCGAAAUUAAACCAUAUACUCGCCUUAACAAAGAAGAUCGUGACAUUUUACCUGAAUCAAUGGGAAAAGAAUGUGACGUCGGCUACAUUUUAUCGCUGGGCGUUCAUAAAAAGUACCGUCGUAAUGGUAUUGGGUCCUUAUUACUUGACGCACUUGUAAACUAUUUGACAACAUCGGAAAAGACAAAAGUCAAGGCGAUAUUUUUACAUGUUUUAACUACUAACCAACCUGCCAUUUUAUUUUAUGAAAAGAGAAGGUUUCGUAUGCACACAUUUCUGCCGUAUUAUUAUUCAAUCAAAGACUAUUGUAAAGACGGAUUCACUUAUGUCACGUAUAUCAACGAUGGGCACCCUCCAUAUACAUUACUCGAUCAUAUCAAAAAUUGGUGUACGAAAAUUACAUUUGUUAGCGGAAUUUUCGGUUGGUUUUGCAAUCGAGUACGAAGCGUAUUUCGAUGGUUGUCGCAUCGUGUCAUUCACAGGUUUAAUUUUAUUAAAAUUGAAUUGAUUACUAUUUCAAAAAAAAUUGGAGAAAAAAAUCCAACGAAAAAUAGUGCGGUAACAAAAUUUUGUUACAUUUUUCGAAGAAAACGAAAAUUUGAGAACAGAACAAUGUGCAGUUGUUACUUAAUAUUAGGACUUUUCGUAGUUUUAUUCAGUGAACCUGUUAUGUCAUCAUGGGAAUUUGUCGUUAGUACAAAAGGACGUAUAAAUUUUUACACAUCUGAAUGGCAGAAUGUAACAUCAGCCGCUCAUCAAUUCGAUAAAUUAUCAGCUAUUGCAUUCGAUGAAAUUGAAGAAAUACUCUACUUCAAUGACCAGGCACAUGAAACUAGCACAAUAUUUUCAUUAAAAUUAUCACCAACCGAUAACCAUGAAACGGAAGCGAUUGUUAAAAAAAUAAAAAAUGAAAAGGUAGAAGGAAUCGCAUUGGAUCCACUUAAUCGAGCACUCUACUGGUCGGAUGCAGAAAAUGGAAUAAUUUAUCGAAUGAAUCUUAACAAUAGACAAGAGCCGUCCAUCUUUAUAAAAGAUUUAAAAAAGCCACAAGGUAUUGCGAUCGAUGUGUGCCGCCGAAAAUUGUAUUGGACAAGUGUAGAUAGAACAAAUUCAACGAUCGGUAGAGUUUCAUUGGAUGGAAGCAAAGUUGAAACAAUUAUUGAAGGUCUUGAUAUGCCACGUGGAAUUGUUGUCGAUCAAUUUUCGCGACGCAUUUUUUGGGUGGAUGAUCUUAUGGGUGAACAUUUUGCUAUCGAAAGUGCCAAUCUCGAUGGUACGGAUCGUAAAGUUAUUGUAAAAAAUAUGUUUCAAGCGCCAUUCGAUGUGACUGUUGAUGAAUCGCAUAUUUAUUGGACUGAUACUCAAGAUAAUGCUGUUUUUAGUGUUGCAAAAAAUACCACAAUCGACGAUGAAAAGGAACUAAACCGAAUUAAAAACUUUUCACUGUGGAACAGUCCAAAAGGAAUCAUACGUCGAAAUCAUUUUAUGCAAACUCAAGCAAAUAAUCCCGAGUGCAAAACAGUGAUUGAUCAGAUAGUAAAAAAUACGGUUCAUUCAACAACUACAAGCACAACAACAGAAGCAUCCAUACCGUUGCCAACUUUACCAAUUUGCCAUAAUUAUUGUGUCCAAGGUGAUUGUAAUGUGACCUCAAAUGGACAUACCCAAUGCAUAUGCUACGAAGGAUUUACCGGCGAUCGUUGUGAGAUCGAUCGAUGCUAUAAUCAUUGUCUGCAUGGAGGUAGUUGUACGUUCGAAAAUGGUGCGCCAAAUUGUCAUUGUCAACCGUCAUUUUAUGGAAAUCGUUGUGAAAAUAUGGACAUUAAAGAAAUGUGCACGCGUUUCUGUAACAAAGAAGACACCGGCUAUAAAGGCGUUGACAUGGACACAUUAUGCAACAAUUGCAGUAAAAAUGGAAGUUUUGCACUACCAUCAUAUUUUCACGAAAAUACAUGCGAAGAAUCAACGAUUAAUAAAACCGCUAUUUUCGUAUCAUGUAGCGUUGUUAUAUCUUUAGCGUUAGUUUAUGUCAUUGUGAAAACCAUUCGACAUGUGUAUAAGCCUUUACGGCCCAGAAUAAAAAAGACAUAUGUGGUGCGGAAAAAUGUAACACCAACACCAUUAACGAGUCGUCCAAGCACAGAACAAUGCGAAAUUACAAUUGAAAAUUGCUGUAACAUGAACAUUUGCGAUACGCCAUGUUUCGAUCCAAAGGUGUUACAAGCAGAGGCUGGCAAAAAAGAAGAUAAGAAAACAUUGAUCCAUCACAGUGAAGAUCUAAUGUAUUGAGUUUGCAUCGAAAGUGGUUUAAACUGUGAAAAAUAAAAGAAUCUUAACACAAUGUAUCACACGUAUUUGUGUGAUCUUGUGCCGAAACUUAAGUAGCUGAUCUAAUAGACGAACUGAACGAAAACUUUCUGUUUUAUAAAGAGAAGAAGAAAAAAAAAACGGCAAAAGUGUCUUACUUAGUUAAAAUUUGCAUUGAUUUUCGAUCAAUCAAUUUUUCAAAAGCAUCUUCGAUCCUUGGAGACUUUGAUCUUCUAAUAUAUGAUUUAAACGAAAUGAAAGAGAAGGAAAAGCUAAUAACAAGUGAAAUAAUGGUCAGUUUGAGGUUUCUGUGAAGAAAAAAUUAUUUAUACUUUUGCAGACAGAACCAUGUUAACUAAAUCCCACAGUAAUAUUAAUAUUUUAUUUUUUUUUUAAAUAUUAUAACUUAUUUUCCUCGUGGGCAAAAGAAGAAGAAACAAUGUAAAAGGGUUUUUUUUACAAAUCAUACACAUUUCAAUCUAAUUGAACAAGUUGCUUUAAAGAAAAACAAAAACAAAAACAAACCAACCAAGAAUCUGAUAUGCUAAUUAUUAUGUUAGACUCAAAACAAUAAAUUUAUGGAUAAAGACUGAUGAAUAGAAGAAAUCAGCCAUGAACAUUGAACAUGCAAAUGAAUGCGAUAGAAAUGAAGCACAUAAAAGACGCAAGAUGGAUUUAGUACAAAGUUCCUCAACUGAUUUUCCACAACAAAGUAACAGUUAUUAGUUGUAUAUCUCACCGGAAAAAAUUUGGCUCGUUCAAAUGAAUAUCAAUCCGUGCAAAUUGUAACGAUCAUUUUAAGUUGAUUUCAAAACGAUGCUAAGCUAUUUACCAUUAUCAUUUUGUGACGCACAAAUAACAAUAUCUUAGCAAUUUAUAAUUUAUUCCGGCUAAAUCCCAAAAAAUGACAAAUUAUAAAUAGCCAAGACAUAAACAGUUACCUACAGAUAAAUCAAUAUGCAAUGAUUGCAGUGAAAUCGAAAUAAAUCAAAUCGAAUCAAAGAUCUUGAAAUGAUGAAAAUAUAAAGCAGAUGUAAAAGUAGGAGUUAAAAUUUAUUUAUUCGAUACUUAUAUUAUUUUAAAGAAGAAUUUACAUAAAAUCAAACAGAUUUUUUUUUUUUUGAGUAGAAUUCAAAAGGAACAGUUUUAUUGAGAGAAAAUUGAAGAAAGAAAAUAUUUUGUGCAUAGCUACAAAGAAAAAUUAGAAAUAAAAAAUGGAAAAAACCCAACAACAACAACAAAAACAUAUUAUCAAAAAUUG